AUGGCUUGGGCUGAACCUCGAAACACUGGCAUGGUCUACCGCCGCCUCGGGCGCUCUGGACUCCAUGUAAGCGCCAUCGGUCUCGGCAGCUGGUUGACCUACGGCGGUUACUCUGAAGAUGAGCAGGCGUUUGCUUGUAUGAAGAAGGCUUAUGAUUUGGGAAUUAACUUUUUUGAUUCUGCGGAGAAUUAUACUGCUGGUCAGGCUGAGGUUGUUAUGGGAAAGGCUAUUAAGCAUUUUGGUUGGAAGCGAAGUGACUUGGUUAUCAGCACAAAGAUCAACUGGGGUGCUGUGAACGGAGAGAUUCUUGUCAACAACCAUGGUCUUUCAAGGAAACACAUCAUUGAGGGCCUGGAGGCUUCGUUGGAACGUCUUCAGCUCCCAUACGUUGACAUCGUCUAUGCCCAUAGGCCGGAUAGACUUACUCCCAUGGAGGAGACUGUUCGCGCUUUCAACUGGCUGAUUGACAACGGAAAGGCUUUCUACUGGGGUACUUCAGAGUGGUCCGCCGAUGAGAUUGCCGAAGCUGUUGGCAUUGCUCGUGAUCUUCGCAUGAUCGGCCCCGUUGUAGAACAGCCCUUCUACAACAUCCUAGUAAGAGACAGAGUAGAAGGCCAAUUCCAACGCCUCUACGAGCGCACCGGUCUAGGAAUCACCUCCUUCUCACCUCUAAAGAUGGGCGUCCUCAGCGGCAAGUACAACGACAUCGUUGAUGGCCAACCACCCAAGGACUCCCGCUUCGGCGCCAGCAAGGACCAAUUCGCCGAAUUCAUGCGCGGCCAAAUCGGCACCGACGACUGGGAAGCCGAGAUCGAAAAGGUGCGCCAGCUGAAGCCUAUUGCUGAGAAGCUGGGUAUUAGUCAGGCGCAGCUUGCUAUUGCUUGGUGUUUGAAGAAUCCUAAUGUUACGAGUGUUAUUACCGGUGCUAGUCGGCCGGAGCAGUUGGAGGAUACUGUUGCUUCGUUGAAGGUGUUGGAUAAGUUGACGCCGGAGAUUAUGGAGGAGAUUGAUGCUGUUACUAAGAAUAAGGUUGAGUUGGAUCCCGCUAGACAGAGCUAG